AGUUAAAUCUGUGAUUGUCAUCACAUCACAAUAUUUAAAAAAUGCAUAGCGCCAUCUAUCGAGGAUAUAAUAAUAACAAAAUCUCGGGAAAAAUUCUCCGCAUGCAAAAUUUGGUUAUCGUUUCUACUUGGGUUGUUUCAGGUUAAAUCGAUAGCUCAAAUUCAUGAUGUGUUGAUGUUUUCAAAGGUAAAGCAUCGUGCUUUUCAAGAGAUUGGUUUACCUGUGGACCAAGAUGACAUAGUCUACGUCUUAGCUGGCAUUAUCCAGUUCGUAAUACCAUAACCACCAGUAGUAAAUUUGUAGUCUUAGAGAAUGGAAAGCAAGGUGAAACCCGUCCAGAUGAUGGCCAGCUCUGAAACCAGCUCUGAGAGCCAGGAAAAAGAUACGAAAGAACAAACAGAAUCAUCGUCAUCAAAUAAAGAUGAUAAAAACAUGGUGACAGUGUCAGUGUUCACACCUAUGGGUGCUCAUGUGUUCUACUCUCCAGGAACACACAAUACAAUGGACAUGGCCAUUGAGCCUCUGGUCACAUGCAGGCUCUGUUUAAUGGAGUUGCCUGCCAGGGAAAUGUAUGAAAUGCAGGAUUGCCAGUGUCUCUAUUGUCAAAUGUGUGUAAUCCAGUACCUGACUGUGAUGAUCUCAGAUGGGAAUGUGUUGGUCAUCACUUGCCCAGAUGCAAGAUGUAGGCAGGGAGGAAAAUUUUUACCAUCAGAGAUUGAGCAGUUAGUUGAUACCAUGACCUUCAAGAGAUAUCAGAGAUUGAAAUUCUCCAAAGAAGUAGAUCUAGAUCCUAGUCGCAUGUGGUGCCCAGAAAUUGGCUGUGAAACUGUGUGCCAUGUGUGCCCCCUCAGUGACAAGAAGAAUGUACAGGGUAUACCUGUGAAGUGUCCUAAGUGCUACCUAGAGUUUUGCUCAAUCUGCAAGUCCAACUGGCAUGCUGAUGAGCCGUGUGAUGCUUACAACAGCAAGGUCAAAGGUCAUGAUGCUGGCAUACCCAUCAGCAGUGAGGAAGAAUCCAAGAUCAAGCGUUGCCCCAUGUGCCACAUUCCAAUAGAACGUGCCGAUGGCUGUGCACAGAUGAUGUGCCGUCAGUGUAAACAUGUCUUUUGUUGGUACUGUUUACAGUCAUUACAGGAUGAUUUUCUCCUCCGCCAUUAUGAUAAAGGUCCCUGCAAGAACAAGUUAGGUCACUCCAGAGCCUCCGUGAUGUGGCAUAGAACACAGGUUGUUGGCAUAUUUGCUGGAUUUGGCCUGCUUCUUCUGAUAGCUUCACCAUUUCUGCUCCUGGCAGCUCCUUGUUUGCUGUGCUGUAAAUGUAAUGCCUGCAAGGCAUGUGCUGAAGAAGAAGACGUUUGACUGCAAAAGAGAAAUCUGAUACUCACCUCCUAGGUCCCAGUUUAAUUGUUGAUCAUUGUGAAUGAGAUCAAACUGGUGAUCUCUAUAGUACCAGUAACAGCCAGCAUUUAUUUGUUAUUUUAUUUAUUUAUUCAGUCAUGUAUUCACAUUGAGUCUUUGAAAAAAAAAAAAGACUUAUAUUACUAGCAUGGCCUGCUCUAAGGUGAACCAAAAAUGUAUUUGUCAAUUACUCAUGCCCAUAUGUCAAAGAAAAUGUGCAAAUGAUCUGAGUGUAAACCAGUAUUUUAACUUUAUUGACUCAUUCUUUUUGGGCGUGUGGAUAUGUGAGGUUUUGAUUGACAGUGCACAAGGAAAUAUACCAACUGUAAUAAUGAACAUCAAUGAUGAAGCAAGAAAUGGUAAGGUUCAGGUUUGAUUUACCCAAUCAUAAAAAGCUGGUACUUGAUAAGGGUUGUGGUAAAGUGGAAUUGUCACAGGGUCUGUGAAAAACAUCUGUACAGGAAAACGCAUGAAACGAGGACAGUUGGCAAAGUGCAAACCUCUGAGAGGUAGAGUAGCAUGGUAAGUGUAACCCAGAACUUGUGGGAGGUAGUAGCAAAAAGGGGUGGUUUCUCAUCCACCCUGUCUCACUGAAUAUGAUGUCAGAUUUUUUAAAUUGUAAAGGUGCACACACAAAUAUUUGUAUCAAAAAAAGUAUAUUAAUUUAACAAAUGGCUCUCUCAUAAGUAUUCCAUGUAUAUGUUCUAUUGUCACAAUAACCACUUUAAACUUUUUAAAGGAAUUUUAUUUACAGUAAAUUUAGCAUAACUGUGACACUUUUGGACUGAAAAAUGUAUUUAUGUUGUAGUAUUUUAAUAAUUUUCAACUAAGGCCAAUACAAAAAAAUCCAUUCCUCAAGAUUUGUUGAAGAUGAAAGAUAAGUUAAACGGUGACAAGAUGUGUGAUAAAUGCUGUAAUUUUUGUGUGCAGACACUGCAUGUGUCUGUAUAUAUUCUGAUCACUGUGUCUGACUGUGUGAUCACUCAUUGCACAUCUGUCGUCCACCCUUUAACUGCCAAACAGUAUUAUUACUUCAGGGUUCAUACAGCAAGGUAAAGAGCAUAUUCAAGAACAUGAGUGUAAACAAGGGCAACUUAUUGUCAUUUUCAAGUCUUCUCCCAUUCCAAAAUAAUUUUUCUAGUUACUCUUUUUUACCAAUUGCAUAGUAGUUUCUUCUAAUGCCAAUUCAUUCUGACACUGAAUCAAACCAUAUAUAUAAUAAAUGUUAAUCAGCAUUACCCUUAAUAUUAACAAUUUGCAAAUACUUCAGUUGAUAAUAAAAUGGCAACAAUCAAAAGAAGGGUUUUCAGCUGUUUUAAACUAACCAUUAUUGUGUCCUCACAUUCUUCAAUAUUAUCUUUAAAUGAUCUGGUUUAUUUUUCAACUUGAUUAUCUUAUUUAUUUCUAACAGUUCCAACUCUUUCCUUCAGAAAGAGUUUGAUUGCGUUUUCUCUGAUUUCUUUUGUUUGGUCUGUUAUCAAAAAGAAUGCUGCAGUAACCUUAUAUGUCCUUCAGCAUGUGCAGAAAAUAGUCACCUAUGCCAAAAACAGAAGUAUGAUGUUUUUGUAGAGUUACGUGAUAUUUUCCAGACAUCAGCACUGUCUGGAAAAGUAGUGCAUCUAAAAAAGUAGAUACAGCCUAAAGUAAGACUGCAUUUGUCAUCAUAAGCUAAAUGUGACCAACAUUAGGGUCCAUCAGAUCACAACUUUAAGCACUGUAUUGUUAUUAAAUUUAGCUGCCGGUGGAUGUCACUCUAUAGUUGGUAUUACAAUUUUAUAUUACUAAUUAGCACUAUGGGCAGCUGGAGAUACAGCUUUGAACCAUCUGAAUUUGAAUAAGACUUAUGGCAAUCCCCUUUUCUUCAAUUUCUGAGAACUUUCUCCCUCAUAUAAAAUGUCAAGUAUCUUGAAACAAGUACAGUUCACCUUUUGAGUGUCUCCCUUAAGGACCUUGACCUAUGCAGGCCUACCCAACUACCAGACUCUGUACCAAAUGAUCCCAAAUUCACCAGUAGAUUGAACCACACUACCCGUCAGUACGCAUUUCACAGUAACAUACCUUGGGAUGAAUUUUGAGACGAGAUGCACUACUGCCCAACCCCGCUGAGAAUCACCACUAUCACAUCAUGUACUAGGCAAGAGCGGUGUCGUGUCUGAUACUUCGAAAACGUUUUGACACACAAAAUGGAGCAAGAGAAAUUACUUUUUUUUGUAAAGUGUCUGUAUUUUAGUCAGCUUUGCUGUCUUGUCAUUUAUUGUCAACUGCCCAAGUUGUUGUAAGAUGGGCAUAUACCACUUAAUCUGUUAAACCUUGUAUAUUUAUAAUUAUGAGCCAAAAUCAGGAUCUUGUCCAAUUUUUAUCCAAGUUGUCAUGGUCGCAAUGCUUUUUUCUUUCUAGUUGUAAACACCUUACUAAUGAUGCCAGGACAUCACAUAUCAUCAUGAUAGUACUUUUGUAUCAAAUGAAUUAUUUGAGCAAUGGAGUAUACGUGAUAGGAAUUGCAUCUUGUCACCAAUUUUCUUAUCUGUUGCUCUUGGUAGAUGCAUCAUGAAAGAUCUUACAUUAAAACUACUGUCCUUGUUUCAACAUUGUUGGAGUCUUCACUGUUUUAUUGCUUAAGGUCUUGUCAUGCAUUUUAACAACUUACUAUUUCAAAGCAAACUAUAGCACUUAAACAUCAUGAAAUUUUAUGUUCAGUUAUAUGUCAAACAGAAGUCGCUCAAAACAGCUUUCCUUUUAUGCAUGUUAAACACUUUCCUUUUAUGCAUGUUAAACACUGAGGGCCAAGUCCCCCAAAAAUGUUCAGUUAAAAUGGCUUCUACGCUCUCAUCUCUUUCCUCCUCCCAGCCACCUUGUAACAGUGAUAACCUUUUAUUUUUAAACAAAGACCAGGCGCAUUUUCAGAAACAUGAUGUACACUUGAUCCACACAACUCUAUAAACCCAGGUUAAUGACAACUAUACAAGUUUAUUAUUUAAUAUUACAAGUACAGAACUUUUAAGACUAUAAAACAAAUGUACAUCUAAUACUUCACACCAUUUAUGACUAAAAUAAUACGGCAGUAUCCUUUGCUUGGUCAAGUAUCUUACAGAACUUACAAUUUAUACAGUUGGUACCUUCCUGCAACUUUAUUAUAUGUUUAAAAGGUUAAAAUUGUUAUGAAACUUAAAUGUAUUUAAAUGCAUGUAGAUCAAACAAACAUGCCAAGUUCAAAUCAGACCUUAAAAUGAAUGUUUUAUCUAACCAAGAUCAAGUACAACCCAUAAAAUAAUAAAUUAAUGCUAAAAACUAUAAAAUGAUAGAAAAAGCUUCCCUGCAAAAUUUGGUCAUCUUU